UUGUUUUUUUUUUGUUAUUGUUGUUUUGUUUUUUGUUUUUGUUUAUUUGUUUAUUUGUUUAUUUUUUUUUUUCUCAUAUAUUGUCUUUUUUCCAUUGGCUCUUUUCCCUUUCUUCCUACUUCUGGUUGUUAGCCUCUUCUUAGCGGGGUUCUGUGAUUCACAUAUUUCUUAUACAAUAUAUAAAUAUAAUAAGAGAAAGUCGUUGCUUUUCUUUAACUUUAACUUUCAUUUUCGCCUUCUGUUUAUUAAUAUACUGACUAAUGGACGUUGCAGUAUUCGUAGAGUUACAGUAAAUGCUGAUCGUUAACGGCGAUCUAUGACCCUUAUUAUCCAGGAAAAACUUUGUAUUCCUUCAAAUUGGUUACAAGACACUGAGCUACGAAUUACAAGAGCAGACGGUGGGAUUUGGAAUUGAAGCCCUAUUUGGUAUGAGCUAUUUUUAAAACUGCUUAUUUUAUAUUCAGGCCAAUUUUUUUCUUUUAUUGAUCGCCAAGCUGAGUACGCGCACUACAUGUUAUAAUUUUUAGUUUUGAAGUCUUUCUGACCUGGGUUCAAUUCUUUGAACGAAGGGGUGUAUUUCAGGCGGAGGAUUACCUCUUACACUUGAAAAAGCGAAGCUAAAAUACUUCCAUGUUUUUAUGUAUCAUCAUCAAAGUUUUUUGUAUUGAAAGUCUCGACUAAACAAAAUACAUCGUUUGAACAACCUACUUACAUUUUAUAUUGGCGACGGCCAUGCAUGCAGUUUUUUAAAGAUAUGAGGCAGCUUAUUGCUCUGCGAUGGACCUCAUCUUUGCCGUAAAUCAAGUUCUAACUUUAAGCAGUUUGAGUUUGAGUGAGAUAAAUGCCAGCAACCCCGCCUUUCCAAUAGGUACAUUAACAACAACAACAACAACUUUAUUUUUUGCAUAAAGAUACAAAAGUUGGAUAGUUUACCCGCAUAUAGCUGGAAAGCUAAUCGUGGCGGGGCAAGACAGGUACAUGAAUAACACAAUUAUCUAAUAAAAACAAAAACCUUAAACUAUUAGAAAGCCUUGCAGAUUUGCAACUAAAAAUAAUUAAAGCACAGAAGUUAAGUGAUCUAAUUAACACAAGGCUUACUGACGUACAAUGCAUUAAGACAAGGAGUCACUGACUCUUAAAUGAUAACACAGGAAAAGAAAAGCAGACAUUAAAACCUUUAGCAGGUGUAUCUAUGGACCUACUUUUUUAUAAUCAUGGGGAUUAUAUUAUAGUCAUCCUCCUUUUCUAUAAUUAGAUAUCAAAUAGCAAUUUGAGGAGAACUAUUUAGAAAUCGUUCUUUUUAACGUCCGAUAUAUUUAGUGGUAUCUUACCACAGCUUUACUCCGAGCCGAGAGAGAGAGAAUUGUUUUGUAUUUCUAGUCUAGAACUUUUAACAUUGAAUUCGAAGUUUCCAGACGUAGACGAUCCUGCAUCGUAUGAGUGAAUAUUAGAAGUAUUGUGAGGAAUACAAAAGUUUGUGUUUCUUUAUAUAGCUCAUCACUCUCGGUACUUUAUCUUCAAUACCUGCAAACUAAUUCAAUCUUUUUCUUUUGGUUUUUUUGUUUUUAGGUGAAAUUGGCGGAAAUAUGGGUCUCUUCCUAGGCUGCAGCCUGAUGACAGUAUUCGAGUUUGCUGAUUUUCUUGUGGCUUUGAUUUAUGUUCGAAAAUGGCGUAAAGAAUAUCAAACAUAAAAUUCCUUUUAAGGCAUUAUACUAUACUUUACUUUUCGAAAAGGUAAAACGAUAUUGAUUUACGACUCUUAAAAAAAGUUAAUAAAAUAAGUCAUCAAGCGGUGGUGCUGAGAUCGUUUGAGUAUAAAGGGGAAAUAGUUACAAGAAUCAAUAAAAUGCAGUCGUAUUUCACAAGACACAACGAACCGGAAGUCCAAACAAAAAAAAUAGAUUGUUUCAUCAAUUGAUAUAGCAAGCAAUUUGGAAAUAAAUCACAUUCUGAUAAGCUGGAACCUUUUAAUAAGGACAUACGUACAUUUAUAUGAAAUUAUUAGACUUCUAACUAAAAGACC